GGCAUGCCCCACUACGGCGGGCACCAGGCCGUCGCCGGCGCAUACGGCGGCGCUGGCGUCCCCGGGAGCGCCGUCUACGGGGGCAUGCCAGGCGGUGCCGGCGCCGGCGCCUGCGCGGCGCGGGACGGCGCCGCCGCCGCGCAGCUGGACGCCCCUGGGCUGCACGCCGCCGCUCAGCCGGCGCGCGAGGCUGGUCUGGCGCCGGGCCAGGCAUACAGCCAGCCGGCGCACGACGCCUACGGCGCCCCGCACGGUGCCUGCCCGCCGCCGCAGCAGGGCUACGCGCCCGCGCAGGCGGGGUACCCCGCCACCGGGCAGGGGUACGCGCUGCCCCAAG